AUGUUCAAGUUUGAUCAAGUAGCCCUGCCACAGCGACUAAUACGAAAGGCCCUAGUCAUUGUCGAUUUUCAACAAGAUUUUGUCGGUGCAAAUGCAUCGUUACCAAUAACUCUCCCCGAGGGCUUUGCCGACAGGACAGUGCGUUUGGCCAAGGCAUUUCGUCGGAUUGGAGAUGUGGUCUGGGUGAAUUCUAGAUUUGAGGAGGUACGGGCUCCCUAUGGUGAGCACAUGGAAGACUGGACACCUGGACGCUCAGACUCAAACGGUCCAAUUGCAAGCUCGGAUGCCUUUUUGAGCCAUGAGAAAGCGAAAUGCACGCUUUCCUCCAAAAUUGGAGCUGAAGUGCCACAGAUUGUGAAAGAUGAUGCCCAGAAAACUGACAUUUUCUUAUUGAAAUCUCAUUAUUCUGCUUUCGAGGGCACUGGCUUGCUCCGCCUUCUCCGCGCAAGAAUGACCAUGGAAGUUUACGUUUGCGGAUCUCUGGUCAACGCAGGAGUGUAUGCUACUACUGUAGAUGCAGCUGGGCACGGGUUGACCAUCACGCUCUGCAAUGACUGUUGUGGUUACUCCAGUGAAACGAGGCAGAUCAAGGCCAUAGAAGCGCUUCGAGCCUUGACCGGCUGUGAGGUCUCAACAUCAGCCGAAAUCGUGGAGGAUGGACAGCGAAAUCUGAAGCAGCCUGGUGUUCACAGCAGCCGCAUGCAUGCAAGCCAUGACAAUAACAUAGCACAGUCCAUGCGCGCGUUGUCACUAAAUGCGACUACGCCCGUUGCGGCUGAAACUGGCGCUAUAGAAGACGGACCGGGAGGAGCAGUAUUGAUGUCUGAGCAUGAAUCCACCCUUACACGCGCCAGUACCUCGCCCGGAGAUAAUAUCAGAAACAACAUUUCAAGGUUGUCACCAAUGAAUGGCAAGUCAAACCUCAGUGGUUCCCAGCAUGAGGGACAGCAACUUCGUGGCCUCUGCGAAGGAGAUACAGAUGUGAUUGAAGAUCUUCUACCACCGGAGCUAGAAGAUGGAAUUUUCGGGGUACUGAGCAAAGAAGUUCAAUGGCAGCGCAUGUCGCACCAGGGUGGUGAGGUGCCUCGCCUAGUCGCUGUACAGGGAGAGGUUGGCAGCGAUGGGAGUAUCCCAAUAUACCGCCAUCCAUCUGAUGAGUCGCCGCCGCUGCUACCAUUUUCCCAGACAGUUAUGGCAAUCAAGGCGGUCACAGAGAGGCAGCUAGGCCAUCCAUUGAACCACGUUCUCAUACAGCUCUAUCGCGACGGAAAGGACUACAUAUCCGAGCAUAGCGACAAGACUUUGGAUAUUGUGCGUGGCUCGUACAUUGCAAAUGUGAGCCUCGGCGCCAAAAGGACAAUGGUGCUUCGAACAAAGAGAGUGGAUAAGGACCCCUCUACUGACGAGCAGCCUGUGUCCGGCACCGGCCGAAAGGUGCAGCGAGCGCCAUUGCCUCAUAAUUCUCUUUGUCGCAUGGGACUGAAGACCAAUAUGAAAUGGCUUCACUCCAUUCGACAAGACAAGAGGGCUGACCGAGAGAAGUCCCCAGAAGAGCUGGCGUACGAAGGGAGCCGUAUUUCGUUGACAUUCAGACGAAUUGGUACAUUCUUGAAACAAGACGAAACAAAGAUCUGGGGACAAGGAGCGACGGCCAAGACUCUCGAUGAUGCCGAAAACGUCAUCAAUGGCCAAACGGAGGAAAGCAUCAAAAUGCUUCGUGCUUUUGGCACGGAGAAUCAUGCUUCCAAUUUUGACUGGGACGCUCACUAUGGCAAAGGCUUUGAUGUCUUACAUUUGCGUAGCGCCCCCCGGCUCUUCUCCUCAACAGACUCUGUUAUCAAUAUGAGGAUCAGCAUGAUGCUUGCGGAAUACGAAAUUGGGUAUGCUACUGGCAGUAUCACACAUUCAAAGAAAUCUACAACCCGGCCUAUCAACAACAAACACAGCGACGCAGAGGAAGUUCUCAUCAAAUACGUCGACAAUGACGACGACAAGACUGAAGUGAGCGGUGACUUGGCAAUAAUGCUCUAUCUGUACGCCAACUAUCAAAAGAACAAGAGCGAAAUGACACCAGGAGAGCUUGCAAAGCAGUUUACUCUAUUUCAGAAAUCACUCUCUUUACUCAAGACAUGGCGCGAGGUUAUUGGAACCAUUGAAGACGACAAAACGCUGAUCAUCGUUUUGAAAGGCGAGCUACUACCAUGGGAAUCUGGUACAUCAGGUGCUGAUUAUAUUGGCGGCAGUCGACCGGGCCUGGCAGAUUUUGCGCUCUGGCCUGUCUUGUACUCGAUGGUCGAGAGAUGUGGAAAAGAAGUGCUGAUUGAGCUGGAAGGUCUUGAGAGUUAUUAUGACAUGAUGAGGACAAGACCCUGUACUGUCAAAAUAUUGGAUAAGCUACAGAAAACUCAAUGA